GCUGUGGAAAUGAGAUAAAACUGAGCGGCCACUUUAGGAAGCUCUCAUUCACUCACUCAGAAACCUCCGAAGCCAAAAGUGAAAAGGUCUGGGGACUCGUCAUUGUGCUGGAUGGCAGCUGUUUUCUGCAGCCAAAGGGGAGAUCAACAGGUGGAGGGAAGGAAGAUUUGAUUUCUGCAGUGUGUGGAUUUUUUUUGUGAAGUAUUUUUGCACUGUUUAUUUUUGUUUUUCUCUGAAAUUUUUAAGAAGACUCUGAGCUAAACCUCUGAAGACUAGCACACCUCUGAACAGACUAUGAAUGUGCUGUCCAACCCAGUGAUCAGAGCCCAGGAGCAGUCUCUACCUCUCUGUGGCCCCAGCUCUGUCCAGGACUUACCCCACUGCCCUCCAGGGUUCAACCUGAGCUCCCGCCUGAACCCUGCGCCCAUGCUUGGCCUCCAGGGCGGCCAAAGACCAACCAAACCACAGAGGGAGCUGAGCCCAGAGGAGCAGCAGGAGCUCAGAAGGAAGAUCAACAGCAGGGAGAGGAAGAGGAUGCAGGACUUAAACAUUGCCAUGGACGCCCUGAGGGAGGUCAUGGUGCCUUACGCCUCCUCACCAUCCUCUGCCUCCUCCUCUCAGUCCCACCAGCCCGGAGCUCCUCCAGGCCGCAGGCUCUCCAAGAUCUCCACCCUGGUUUUGGCCAGGAACUACAUCCUCCUGCUGGGCUCGUCUCUGCAGGAGAUGCGGCGGCUGCUGGGGGAGGUAAGCGUCGGGAUGGGGGUGAACACAGGACCUGUCCCUCGGCUGCUGCUCGCUGGAGGGUGGCCCCUCAUCUCCGGCCCCAGUCAGCUCCUCCUCACCCAGGAGUCCCUCCUCACCUCAGCAGCCUCGUCCUCCUCCUCUUCCUCUGCUUCAUCCUCCUCUGCUGCCAAAUGUUCCCUGUUGUCGCCGGGCCCCAUGGAGGCCUCGCUGGCUCCUGUGCAGUGGAGCUCUGCAGGGGCCUCAGGAGGGCCCCUGUGCCCCUGUGGAGUCUGCAGACUGCCCAGAUUUAGCCACUCUACUCCGGCUCCAAGAUUCCCAAAGUGACACCUUGGAGCUGCAGUUUAAGACUUGAUGACUGUUACAUGUAUGCAACAACUUUUAUAUGAAUUGUAUUUUUCUAACAUUUUUAACACGUUUAUAAUAAUCUACUGCAAUAACUCACUUAUCCUUCGAGCAUUUUAAACCUAAUGGAUCUAUUCUGUAUUUGGUAAGCCUGUUUCUUCAUGAAGUAGAUCUAAUAAUCUCCUUUAUGUUCCAGAGAUAAAUUCAUUUUAUUACUUCUUAUGUCACCAGCAGAGAAACAAGUGACUACUUUGAUUAUUUUUUGUUGAGUGUGUGGCUGUAAUGACUGCGUAUGUAGCAAU